AUGGCAGAGCAUCUCGUGCUGUGGCAGAACACCUACAAUACCGACGGCCACGGAAACCCCAUCAAGGCCGAGUUUAUGGGACAGUUCGGGAUAUCACCCGUGCGUCUCGUGUUUUGCAAGGAGGAGCCAUCGGCUGAUGAUGUGGAACUCGCCCCAUACGGGGCGACCUCGAUCUUUUUUACCAGACAGACACUCGACUGGGACGCGGCUCUCGAGUUCGACAAGCGUGUCAUCGUGUUUGGCAGUCGCGAGUAUCGGGAAUGCAAUUCGCGCAGAAGCCAGCCCUGGAGCGAGGAGAUGAAGCCGCAGCAGCACUCGUUCCUCCCCAUUGAGCUCGCGGUGCUUCACGACCCGACCAUCUACCUCCACGCAGCGGCUACAUUGUUCCCAGACGUGACGGAGGAUCAACUGGAGGCGAUCAAAAGGGCCAUGAAGCCCCCGCCGUCGCCGCCCCUGUCCGUUCUUCCUGUCUCGGAACCGCAGGAAGAGCCUGUCCAGACACCCACUCCGCCAAACACACCGGCUCCCGAAGAGCUGGGUCUGGAGUCUUUGUCUCUGGGAGACAGUGCUGCGACUCUCCCUGCAAAGGUCAUGAACAUGGGCGUUCGAAGGCAGCGGUCUCGAGGCCCUCAGCAACAACGAAAGCUACUUCACCAUCGGCGAAAAUGCAUCACGCACCAGAGGCAAGGACCCAGGGCAGCGAGUUUGGUUCGCGGCGGUCGGAGGAAGGACGGCGUCGAACGUUUACGGCCAAGGCACAGGUUGGGCAUAUGGAGGAGUCUCGCUCUUGGUAAUGUGGUCGAUUGGGACAACAUCGCGGCUCGAUGUCAAAAGCGCACUGUGUUGCCUCCUUCACCCGGUGAAAGGAGGCAUAGCUUUUCGUAA